AUGGGCCAAUGGUCACCCAGGGCCAAGGGGUAUUCCUGGUAUACCGGUCUAGAUGGCUGUAACGGGACCAGAGGGGACUCUGGUUUCCCUGGAAUCCAUGUUCUGGAUGGGCCUGAUGUGGGAGCGGGUUUCUCAGGGAUCAAAGGAGUGCCAGGGGACCCCACCGUUCAGUUCAUCCAGUACCCUGGUAUACCUGUUGAUGUCGGCCGUGCUGGGGUUACUGGACUGCCUGCAUGUAGCUGUCACUGUAACUGUGAUGGAGUUAAAGGCAGUAAGGUAUCCAAGGUGAGCAGGGGACUCCGGGAUCCAAAGGCUCCCAAGGCCCUCCAGGUCCCUAAUUUGCCGGGCCAGUACAGGACGGCUUCCGAUUCACCCUUCACAACCAGAAGCAGAACGUGCCACAGUGCCCAGGGGGCAGCAACCUCAUCUACUCUGGAUACUCCCUCCUGUUCAUCAAUGGCAACAACAGAGGCCAUGGCCAGAAUCUGGCAAACAGGGGCUGGAGCGGAGGGCUCUGGUCAGCUGCUGGCCUCUUCGUGGUCCUGCCUAGAAGAGGUCCGGAAGAUUCCCUUCAUUGAGUGCCAUAGGCGAGGGACUUGCAACUACUACACUGACUCAUACAGCUACUGGCUGGCCUUGUUGGACCCUGAAAACAUGUUCAGCCGGUGGGGAAAGAGGUUGGUGGUCCACCCCCCCCACAUCCCUGACAGGCCACCUGUCACUCAACCCAGGAAGCAGAGUGACGAGCUGAGAGGGCGAGCUCUUUAUAAGAGCCCCACAGAACCCUCAUCAACAGAACCAGGCCUGCUCCAUAUCAACUGAUCUAGAUCCAGCACACUCCGGUCCAGCUUAGUUCAGCUAGUUUCACCGUGUCUCGUCCCUGCAAACCCAACCCAGCUCUGUUGGACAUGAAGUUCUCCCAAAUCCACUGUGCACUGGCCCUGCUGGGUCUGGCC